AUGAUAAAAAAUUUAAUUGAAAAUGCCAAAUUAACAGCAUAAAAAGUGAUGACAAAAGAAUAGUAACAUAAACAAUAAUAAAUUGAAUCCUUUCCUACUUUUGACUAAUUAGCUUUUAAAAAUUAUAAUAUUCCAAAAGAAAAUUUAUGGUAAUACUCUAUUGAAGAUUUUUCUAAUAUUCUUCAUUAAAUGGAAGAUUAUAUAAUUAGACUUUAAAGAGGAUAUGAUGAUGUUUGUUAAUAAUUUUUACCUAUGUUUAAUAAAUUUGAAAUGCUUGAAAAAGAAAGGAAAAGAAUGGCUUAAGAAUUAUCAGAAAAAGAGAAUCAUUGUAAAGAAUUAGAACAAGCCAUGAUAGAAAUGUAGGCUGAUGCUGAUAAUGAAUUAAGAAAGAAAGAAAUUAUUGAAUGCGAAUUAGAAUAAUCUAAAAAAGAAUUAUAAACUAUUUAAGGAUAAAUAAACUGGAAUAAUAAUUAAAUAGAUGAUAAAGAGUUAUAAGAAAUUAAUGCUGCAUUUAUUGAUCUAGAUAAAAGUAAUGAUGAAUAAUAUAAAUAAAGAAUAGAAGCAUUAUAAAAAGAAAUAUAAGAAUAUAUAUAAUUAAAUAAGGAUUAACUUCAUAAAAUAAACUUAUAAGUCUAAGAAAUUGAUAAAUAGAGUUAAGAAAUUAGAUAAAUUAAUAGGAAUUAUAAUAUGGUAUUAUAAUAAUUAGCAGAUUAAUAAUCAAAGAGUAGAUAGGAAAUUGAAUCAAAAUAAUAAUAAAUCAAUUUACUUAUAAAAGAAAACAAUAAAUUAAUCAACUAAUUAUAAUAAUUAGAUUAACAAAGAACUAUUGAAUUAUAAAUAUAAUUAGAAAAUACUAAAUAAAAAGAAGAAAUCUAAGAUUUAAGGAAAAUUAUUAUAAAAAAAGGAGAAGAAAUAAAAGCACUUAAUGAUUAAAUUUUAAUUGAAAAAUAGUAAUAAUAAUAAUUAAACGAUUUAAUUAAAGUAUUAAAAGGGAAACGAGAUGUAGCUAUAAGUGAAAUCACUUAAAUGUAAUCUAAAUAAUAAAUUGAUAAUUCAUAAUCUAUUACUUAACAGAAACUAAAAUAAAUUAGAUUUUAAAUUCAGAAUAAACUUAUAUAAAUGAGAAAAGAAUUCGAAAACAUGUAUAAAUAAUAUUUAACAUUAAUUUGUAAACUUGAAGAUAAUAAACUUUCAAAUGACUUAAUGAAAUUAGAAUCAACUAUUAAUAAAAUAGUAAUAGAUAUGUAAGAUUUAGUUGAUGAAGUUGAAGAUUUAAUGAGUUGA